UCCCGAUCAGCAAAGUUCCUCAUUCUUCUUUGUCCCCAAGCCCUCCUCAAGGGUUUUCCUCUCUCACCGCUGCUGCCUUACCUUCUCCGCAAGCCUCCCUCGCCGCCGCCCGAUCCGCCAUGGCUUCCGACCAGAACAAAAGUCCGAAGUCGGAUGGGUCGUCUGAGGCACAGAAAGGGUCUUCGCCGACAGCUAAUGCAGGCCUUCCCAGUCCUUUUGAUUUUUCCAACAUGAGCAACUUGCUCAACGAUCCAUCUAUAAGGGAGAUGGCUGAGCAAAUCGCGAGCGACCCUGUAUUCAACCAGAUGGCUGAGCAGCUUCAGAAAAGUGCUCAGGCGACCGGGGAACAGGGUCUUCCAAAUUUGGAUCCUCAAGCGUACAUGGAAACUAUGACGCAAGUUAUGCAGAAUCCUCAGUUUAUGUCAAUGGCAGAGCGUCUUGGGAAUACUCUUAUGCAGGAUCCUGCAAUGUCCACUAUGCUCGAGAACAUGACUAGUCCAGCUCACAAAGAGCAGCUUGAAGAGAGAAUGGCCCGUAUCAAGGAUGAUCCAUCUUUGAAGCCUAUUCUUCAAGAGAUUGAGACUGGUGGUCCAUCUGCAAUGAUGAAGUACUGGAAUGACCCAGAGAUUCUUCAAAAGAUUGGCCAGGCUAUGUCAUUGAACUUUCAAGGAGAUGAUGCUACUUCUACUGUACUAUCUGGACCUCAAGAAACUGAGGAGGAAGGCAACUAUGAUGAUGAUGAUGAGUCCAUUGUCCAUCACACCGCAAGUGUUGGUGAUGCAGAGGGUCUGAAGAAAGCAUUAGAUGGUGGAGCAGACAAGGAUGAGGAAGAUGCAGAGGGAAGGAGGGCCUUACAUUUUGCAUGUGGAUAUGGCGAGUUCAAGUGUGCAGAAAUCCUUCUGGAGGCAGGUGCUGCAGCAGACGCAUUGGAUAAGAACAAGAACACCCCGCUGCACUAUGCUGCUGGGUAUGGUCGGAAGGAAUGCGUGGAUCUUCUCUUGAAGCAUGGUGCUGCUGUCACGCUCCAAAAUCUGGACGGAAAGACCCCCAUCGAGGUGGCCAAGCUCAACAGCCAGGACGAGGUCGUCAAGCUGCUCGAGCAGGACGUGUUCCUAUGAAGAGAAUCCUCGGACUAGACUCAGCGCGCAUCGAGCCAUAAACUCCCUUUGGUUAUAGACUCCCGGUAGUAUCUUGUCGUGGCGUGUUGGUCGCCUGUAAACCACCUGUGUGGCCGUUCGGUUGCUUCCUGACACUCGUGCUCUGUUCUAUCUUCUUCGACGUUGAUUUGAUCCAGCUGUGUAGAAGUGUUCAUCUCCAGAACCUGUGGGCUGAGCCUGUUCUUGCUAUUUCCCGUGGGAACUGCCAGUGGUGAUGGUUGGGUCGUGGAUAUUUCUUGGUGUUUUUAUAUGAUACGACAAAUGUGAUUUUCUUUUGCCUGA